AUAAAAAUAGUACUUUUUGCAAACUAGUACCAGUAAACGCAAUUGUCCUCUCUGGUGCCUUCAGUAGAGUGAAGGAUCUCCGGCUCUUUCCCUCAGAACCCAUUUUGUGGAGAAGAAAGUGAAGUCGAAAGUGCAUUUCUUUCUUCUCUGUAUCACUUCUCUAAUCAAAUCCUGCUCUUUAUUGACAGUGCAAGGCAGUAGGACGCGGUUGAAGCAAAGGAGACACUCUCUCUAUUACUUCCUUUUCUCUCUCUCUCUCUCUCUCUCGUGAUUCACAAAUGAAAAUCUUAGAGGCCAAUGCUGGUGUACUCACAAAUUUUGAGGUCCUUGAUUUCUUCCGAGCUAAAGGAGCUUCAAAGGAUCCAACAAGGGUUAUUGCCAAAGUAGCGCACUCUGAAUACAAGGUUUAUGAUUAUUUGGUUGACACUGCUGCCUCUGAUCAAACAAGAGAGAGCAUAGAUGAGUUUUUGACAAGCAUUAAACGGCAUGACCUAGCUAAAGCUGAGGUUCUGAACAUAUUGAACACUAGGCCAGCUGCUGAAGUUGAAAUAUUCCCUAUCAUAGAGAAUUGUGAGGGGCGUUUUCCAGAUGAAGAGAAAGAGGUAACCGAAAUAGUUGAUCUGGUGACGAAAACAUUACCACCACCUCCCAAUAUGAAGCACGAAGAAAUCAACAAGGGUGAUGAAGAAACUGCUACACUGAAAAAUGAAAAGGAUGAAAUUAGUAAAGAUCCAAUGGACAAAAUAUAACACAACUAAUUGUUUAUAAAGGAUGUUGUUCAUAUAAAAUUUUAUUGCUUUAGAUUCAAAUUUAAAUCUCGCAUGGUUUGUCCAAAUUAUCAUGUUUGUUUCAUUCAUACGAUUUAAAACAAAUUUAAACAGGCAUUAUUUCCUUCUUUUUUUACUUAU